CCGCUGGGGCCGCUCCUGAGGGAAGGAGCGCGGGGACGGGCACGGGGGGGUCCCGGUGUUGUGCCCUCCGUCAGUCCACGGAGCCUCCCGCCCCGAGGCGGCGUGGGGGUGUGGUCUGGCGGGCAGACCUCAGCGUGUGGGGAGAAUGGGGGAAAAUGGGGACGGGAGGGGUGCGGGAGUGUGGCGAUAAAAGCGGGGGUGCCGCGGGGUGGGUGUGUGAGGACAGCUGCCUGUCACGGGUACGUGAAGCGUGACCGGGUAACGGUGUUAGCUCGGUAGCUGAGUUCUCCAAGAAAAUCCAGAAAACUGUCGUAAAAAAUGUGUAGGAAACAGAAACAGCUGAAUUUCCAUCAGCUGUGGGCUGGCAUGUAACCAUCAGGUGGGGCCACGUCUGCCUGCCUCCUUUGACUUUUUUUUUUGACGGAGUAUAGGCUCAUUAAGGUUGGAAAAGACCUCCAAGAUCAUCUGGUCCAACCAUCCCCCCACCAUCACCCACCAGCUUUUCCCUAAACACCCCGAGGAACGGUGACUCCACCACUUCCCUGGGCAACCCGUCCCAAUGCCUGACUGCUCUUUCCGAGAAGAAAUGUCUCCUCACUUCCAACCUGAACCUCCCCUGCUGCAGCUUGAGGCCAUUCCCUCUGGUCCUAUCACUAGUUACCUGUGAGAAGAGGCCGACCCCCAGCUCCCCGCACCUUCCUUUCAGGGAGUUGUAGAGUAGUGCAGUUCCUACCUCUUGCUCCAGAGUAUUCAUCCCCUCAGUGAACAUAUACAGGGCUUUGAACACGCUGUUACAUUGGGCGUUUUUUUGCAAUAUAUCACUGAGCUUUGUGUUAGUUCAGGACAAUAAAUUACCAGUCAUAAGUAGUAUGUUAUUCAUGUGUUGGUUUUUUGUUGUUAUUGUUGUUUUAUUUUGGUUCUGUUUGUUUGGUUUUUGUUUUUUUUAAGUGUUCUGACAAAGACUCAAGUUUUUAAAACAAAAUUUUAGGUUUGGUCAGGGGUGUGUUGAUUAUUUUGAGGUUGUUUUUUUUCUUUUUUUUUUUUGUAAGAUACCCCUGCAAACAUGCAAAUUACUCCCAAAUUGCAUUUGGAUAGGUGGAAAUCAUGAUAUUUGAGGGUCAAAAGUUGGUUUGCUUUAACUUUUAAGGAGUUCAAUUUUCAACUGCAAGUCAUGCAUCCUUGAAUGAUUUCUCAAAAAUGGGUAGGAAGAAUUCAACAGUCACGUAAAUGGCUGUCAGCUUCCCAUAUGAAACUUCAUGUGGAAUACCAGAUGACAGAGGAAAGGUGGGAGCUGCUUGUCAUCUGUCUUAAGCUCAUUAUUACAGAAGAGGUGAGAUGGAGGCAGCAGCAUCCUUUCCUUCCACUUCACUUUCCCCACAGGCUGGUCUUCUCUGUCCCCUUUAAGAGCCUCGUGUGUACCUCAGUGUCCACUUGGAACAGCACUGCUAGCAAGCAAAACUAGGCUUCCAUAAGCAUUUGCUUUUUUCCCUUUUUGCCUUUCACUUCUGUCAUCUUUGUGGGACAGUUUCUGAGAUGCAAGGAAGAGCGUCCUUUGUGGUGAAAAUACAAAUGUGACAAUUUUCUUUGCUUGAUAUGUUAGUCAUAAUAAAAUAACGCUUGCUUUCAUCAUAACUGGGUAAUUAUUUUCCUCUCUCCUGUUGAACCCCAUAAUACCGGAAUGUGCAUUUGUUGGAAGGAAACUUGAACUUACGGAGCCACACGGUGGCGUUAGCAUGCCUGGUGGUAUCUGUUCAGAUGUAGUUGGUACACGCAAGGACAGGUUUGCGCUCAGGACUUCACAAUUCCAGUCAACCAAACCUGCACUGGGAGUCAGGGAGCACCUCCUAUUUAGUUUCUUCCAGCACUCUAAAGAUACCUGCUUCUUUGUCACACCAAAAAUUUCCACCUCCGUGUUCAGAGAUACUAACUGCUCUUCUUUCUUCCUUCUGUCCAUACUAAGCACAACAAUAUAGUGAAAGGUACUUCUCAGAUUCCUUUGAAGCUCAUUCAAGUCUAAUCGCUGUCUUCUCUCAGAUACCACGUUUUUCAAUGUGAGAUAGACUGUGAAAAGAAACUUUCUGUGCUAACGUUGCUUUGAAAUGUCUUUUUUCUGUGGCAUUCUCAGCGUGAGAGCCAUGUGAACGUGGGAGUUGAAGACAAGGGCUGCAGCACAGACCUGAAGUCGUUUUGCUUAGAGAUAAUUUGUGAUAUGCUUUCAUUGAAGCGCUUGGACUCUCUCCAGAGGUUCUUUUGCAUAAGAAGCAGACUAGCAUCUGCUGCAUCGUCUCCACAGGCACAGUGUUUUGCUUAACCUCUUCAGGUCUGAGAACCUCCUCAACUCCCACUCACAGCUACAUUUAUUGUAUCAGUAAGGGAGGAAGGGCCGUCAGCUUGCAAGCCCACGUGUCUCAUUGAAAAGGCUGGCAAUGGAUAUUUCGCCAUGCAGGGGAAGAAGUACUAGUCCUUCUGCCAUGGAAGCCGAAGAAACGAUGGAAUGUAUCCAGGAAUUCCCAGAGCACUAUAAAGUUAUUUUGGAUAGACUGAAUGAACAACGUGAGCAGGACCAGUUCACAGACAUCACUCUGAUUGUGGAUGGUCACCAUUUCAAAGCUCAUAAGGCUGUUCUUGCUGCCUGUAGCCAGUUCUUCUACAAAUUCUUCCAAGAUUUCACUCAGGAGCCCUUGGUGGAGAUUGAAGGUGUAAGUAACAUGGCAUUUCGUCACCUAAUAGAAUUCACCUAUACAGCAAAACUAAUGGUGCAAGGUGAGGAAGAAGCAAAUGAUGUUUGGAAAGCAGCUGAGUAUCUACAGAUGCUAGAAGCAAUCAAAGCACUUGAAAUCAGGAACAAAGAAAAUUCAUCACCCUUAGAAUCAAAUCAAACCCAAGGUAAAAAUAAACCAAAAAAGAGGAAGAUAGCUGAAACUUCUAACGUUAUCACAGAAACGCUGCCAUCUGCAGAAUCAGAUCCGGUUGAAAUCGAGGUUGAGAUUGCUGAAGGGACAAUUGAAGUGGAAGAUGAUAGCAUCGAAACACUUGAAGAAGUAGCUUCUGCAGAGCAAUCCAUAAAGUACAUACAGACAACGGGUACAUCAGAUGAAUCUGCUUUGGCUCUUUUGGCAGAUAUCACCAGCAAGUAUCGUCAGGGAGAGCGAAAAUGCCAGAUCGAAGAAGAAGGUGACAGUGCAACUGAUCCCUCGUGCAAACAGGUAGAAGGUAUUGAAAUUGUGGAACUUCAGCUGUCACACGUGAACAAUUUAUUCCACUGUGAGAAAUGUAACCGUUCGUUUAAAUUGUUUUACCAUUUUAAGGAACACAUGAAAACACACUCUACUGAGAGUUACAAGUGUGACAUAUGCAAUAAAAGGUACCUACGAGAGAGUGCUUUGAAACAGCACCUCACCUGUUACCACCUCGAUGAAGGUGGCGCCAGCAAGAAGCAAAGACCUGGCAAAAAAAUACAUAUAUGCCAGUACUGUGAUAAACAGUUUGACCACUUUGGACAUUUUAAAGAGCACCUCCGGAAGCACACAGGUGAAAAACCAUUUGAAUGUCCAAACUGCCACGAACGUUUUGCUAGGAAUAGCACACUCAAAUGUCACUUGACGGCCUGUCAGUCUGGAGCUGGAGCUAAAAAGGGAAGAAAGAAGCUGUAUGAAUGUCAGGUUUGUAACAGCGUGUUUAACAGUUGGGAUCAAUUUAAAGAUCACUUGGUGAUACACACUGGUGACAAACCCAACCACUGUACCUUGUGUGAUUUGUGGUUUAUGCAAGGCAGUGAGCUGAGAAGGCAUCUCAAAGACAUGCACAAUAUUUCAGAACGACUGGUGACAGAAGAGGUUCUUCCAGUGGAAGCUGUGGAAGCUGAACCAGUAACAUCAAUGACUAUAAUAGAACAAGUGGAACAAGUUCAUGUCCUACCAGUAAUUCAGGUACAAGUGGAUCCUGCACAGGUAACUGUGGAACAGAUGCACCAGGAUCUCAUACAGGACAAUCAAGUGAAAGGCGCGCAGUUGGAUGAACUACAAGAACAGGUGCAAAUUAGUUACUUGGAGGUUGAGCACAUUCAGACUGACCACGGUGCUGAAGUUCAUGUGGAGCAGUUGCAUGUUGAGCAUGUAAAUCAAAUACAGAUGGAAGAAGUACAAGCAGAACUUAUAGAUGGAACAGACCUUGAACAAGUAGAAUACGAAAGUAUUGAUCAAGGAGAAGCAGAAGAAAAAGAACCUAGUCACGUAGCUGAUGCAGAUAAGGAGGAUCAUGAACAAGCUGAAGACUUAAAAGCUCAACAAUUAGUGGACACGCAGACUGAAAAGGUGGAUGACUAGGACAAUUAACUGCGUGCAGGUUUAGGAGUGAAAUACCAAAUUAUUUUUGUUAACUUUUACAUUGUUUUUUGAACUGUAAAUGGUCAUCUUUCCAAUAUGCUGUCCUUAGCAAGCUGGACAAGUGGACCAAAGUUAGCUUUCUUCAUAUACAGCUACACUUCUGUCAUAUGUGAAAAAUAACUGUCAUGUAAUACCACGGAACAGAAACUACCACCGAAAUGGACAGCUUUGUGAUGAUUUUAGUAAUGAGUAGCUUGUCUCACUGUUAUGCCAUCCCUGGGUAUAUGUAAGAGUAACUUCAUCUCUUUUCCUCUUGCAGUAGAAGCAAACUCUUGUUAUAGAUUUGCAGGGUGUCUGUGGCAGAAGAGUUAGUAAAAUCUGGUGGGUUCUAGUAUAAAUGACCAACCAGAUACCUGUGAAUUUUCUGGGCAGACUGCCAUCCAAAUGCAGUACUGUAUCUAACAGCAGUCCCUGCGUUUCUUUAAUGUGAGAAGCUUUAUAUCAAGCUGGAACUUCUGAACUUUCAGUCUGGGGGAAAGCUGUUUUUGCUGGAGGUCUGAGAGCACAAAAAUUCUGUGCCUUCUCAACAGUGACUGGUUAAAUUUCCACAAAGCUUCUAGAGUGUUCAAGAACCUAGUUCAGUAAAAAGGCAAUGUAGGUAACGUUAUAGUGCUUUAUAUUUUUGCUUAAAAUUGUCAGCUACUGAUUUUUUUGCAUUAAACUUAGAAUGGGGGGGGUGUUGAGGAAGAAAACAGAUUCCACUUAGAGGCAAUAAGACGCUCUAAAAGGAUCAUCUUAAAACAGGAAAAGCUCGAUAGAAUCUGUGGUAAACAUGAGCUGGAAGAAAGCUACCAGCAGAUUCUUCUUUUAUAAAUCUUCAUUUUUGAAAAUGAAUUUGUUUAAACAAGUAUAGAGAAGACUUGUCUAUAUGGUAUCAGGUUCCUGGUUAUGGGGAUUUUUUUGAAAUGGAAUUCUGACACUUGACACAAAGAUGUUGUGCUAAAAAUAAAAGUAAAAGCCAUAGGUAUGAGUGCUAAGCUGUGGAUUGAAAAGUAGGAGUGUAAACGUUUAAAUCAAUAUUAGACAAUAAAAUAAUACCAACCAUGAAAUGUUGCAUUAUUUGCUUCAUCCAAUAAACAAGAAACAAUUUAGUGACUGGCAAUUACAGUGCCAGAUCCCAGUGAUAAGAAUCAAUCCCAUUUUAAUAAGAUUAAUAGCUCAUUACUGUGAAGUUAAGUUUGUUUAGAAAAUAUUGGUCUGGCUCUGUUCAGCCAUACUAAGGACUUCUAAUUCCCAAUUAUUGCCUUGUUCCAUACUUCUGAAAAACUCUUUUUAAAGCCUUAACUGAAUGGAGGAAUUAUUGCAAGGAAGUUCCCUAAUGCGCUUAGUAAUCCCAUAGAUCUUAGUUAAAACCAAGUUUUUCUAUUGUCGUCUCCAAAGGCGGAAUUAUUUCCUCAAACUUGUGCUUUUCAGUCUCAUUCAAAAUGAUUCUUGUGUUUCAUCUUACUUUUUGAGAAACUGUUGCAAAACAAACACAAAUCUCAAUUAAAGGAUCUCAAUUAAAAAUUUCAAA